UUUGUUCAUCUGAUUGUGGUUAACAGUAUUGUCAUUGUACCAUCAUCUUCGACCACCUAUAACGUUACGGUUGCCAAAGAUGGCUCUGGACAUUUUCGGACAAUAUCCGAAGCUGUGUUAGGUGCGCCGACCAACGGAAAUAACGCCUACUUCAUCAAUAUCAAGCCAGGAGUGUACGAAGAAUAUGUGUCAAUACCAGAAGAAAAACCGUUUUUAGCCUUGAUCGGCAGUGGAGCCGACAAGACUAAAAUCACGGGCAACCGAAGCGACAGGAACGGUUUUGGAAUCAAAGAAUCGGCUACACUCGAAUGCCCCAUAUUGAUGCUUUGUUUUGCAGAUGUGAUGGGGGAACACUUUAUAUUGCAAGACAUAACCGUUGAGAACUCGACCGGACCGGGUACCCAAGCAGUUGCUUUGUUCUGUCGUGCCGACAAGGCCAUUUUCUACAAGUGCAAGAUAACAGGGUAUCAAGAUACAUUAUUUGCGGACAAAACACGACAAUUUUACCGAGAAUGCGACAUUUACGGCACAGUCGAUUUUAUCUUUGGAGAUGCAAGGGCAAUAUUCCAAAACUGCAAUCUGUUUGCCCGUGAUACUGGUGCGGUGUUCACAGCCCAUUCUCGGGAUAUGUGA